UGCGGUUCGGUUCGAUUUGGUGUACUUCGUGCUGAAUAUAAAUCUAUCGUUUGUUGUACGUUGCUCGCUACAUGGAUGUACAUAUAAUGCAGUUUUCGCUGCGUCUCUAGUGCUUGGCCCACAUUGCGAAUGCGUCCUCAUUACGUGCAUUUUACUGGCAAUUUUAAGCAAUAAAAAGGAUUUCAACAUAUACAGGUAUUUAAAAACCUGUUUUUUGCGUGGCUUUUAAACUGCAAAGUGAAGUGAUGAGUGCUAGGCAGCAAGUUGAAAAUUCGCUAGUACAUAGCCGCUGUACCGAGCGUCAGUGAUAGCGCGAGUGCGAGUAGUUAGAAAAGUAAAAUACAAAAGAAAAAGCAAUUAGCUUUGGCUGCUGUUGGUAGGCUAGCAGCGCAUGAGCAUUCAGCUACGCGUAACACCUUGCUAGUACAUACAUACAUACAUAUUUACAGCAGUGCUAAUUGUUCGGUGUUAAAUUGAUGCAAACGAAAUUUCGAUUCGCAAUAAAAUUUUCUGCGAGCGCUGUGUGAACCCCUUUUGUGGAUAUUGUGGCCGACUUUACUAAAUUCUGCAGCUUUACCGGUCGUUUGUUUUGUUUUCGUGUGUGCGUGUGCACUGCGCAGUCGUCGAAAUUAAUUGCUGCGACAGGUAACUAUUAACUUUUAUUGUCGUGCUUACUAGUUAUUGUUAUUGUUGUUGUUGUUGUGGCCACAAGCUGCGCUGAUAAAUUAAGUCGUUUUUGCCAGCGUGCAUUCCUCCUAUUAUAUAAGUACAUAAUACAUGUUUGCGUCAUAAACUUAAACGCAAAAGUGAUUUCCAAUCGUGUAAUUCGUUGAAGUACUAAAAGUUAUUUGUGUGCAUUGCCACUGCCAGUAUGCAGUAGAAGCAGCAUAUAUGUAUUUGCCGCAACAACACUUCAACCUUAAGUGUCGUGACAGUCAGUUUGCCAUAGAAAAAAGCUUGAUGUACUCGCUCGCUGCGGCACCUGCCCGGCAUAGUAACACGUACUAAAUAAGUUCGCAUCCUUUGCGCCCACUUUUGGUCGGUGGUGUAUAGGUACAUAGCCAGUAACGUGCCGGUGCCGCACAAAAAUACCCAAGCUGUGGCGCAUUGAGGCUGCGGCGUGCUGCUCUAUUGCAGAACGCAAGUACGGCUUGGUCGUCGUAAAAUAUCACCGGUGAACGUGCGCGGAUUAGAAAGCCACCUAAGCAGUUGUGCGGCCGUGCGGUGAGGGUGGCAGCGAGUUGUUUGUGCGCUGCUGAAAUAUUGUGAGCUGAAAAUGAUGGAUUUAGGGUUCGCUGCUCAUGAAAAUUGAAUCGCGAAAACUGGUUGAAGCCGCAGCUAGAUGCUAAGUUGCAGUGAUAUACCCGCGUUUUAAAAAUUUAAACCACUGCGAUAUCUCCUUUGCGAAAUUGUCUACAGUUCCAGUCCAGUUGCAAAGGCUAUGUGAACCAUUAACAAACCAACAAGAACAAAGAAUACCAAGCAUCAACUGUUGAUGUAAAUUUGAAGUCGACCGAACGAAACGAUAGAACGAGGGGCGGACAGAACGUUAACAAAAAGCGGUGCAAAACGUACGCAAUUACAAGUUCCCACCGCCACCCCAACUUAUUCGAGCACAGCUGCCAGUGCUAGUGCAGCAACGACCACAAUUGCACAAUUGCUUGUUGGACUAGAGUUUUGAAAUUGUGUGCGCGUGUGUGAAGAGCAGCAGAAGCAAAAAGGAAAACAAGAAAACAGCGUUGCUCUCGUUUUCCAUUCCGGACAACAGACACCUCACCAAUACCCUCCGAACUCCUUCCUACUAACACAAAACCCAAAAAGCCACAAUGAGCAGAAGAGAGCGUUUAUUUCAUGAGUGGUUCAAUUUGUUCGCACUGAUCUGGAUGAUCAUCACAGACAUCUGUUUCAAUGCACACUGUUUGAAGGAUCUGAAGAUUUUCGUGCCGGAGGCGGUCAUCAUGGGCAAUGCAGCGACGCUUUCGUGUCAAUACGAUUUGGAGCAGGCUGCUCUCUACUCAGUGCGCUGGUAUUUCGGCACCGAGGAAUUCUAUCGCUACGUGCCUAAGGAGUCACCGCCCACGUUGGUCUUUCCCGUGUCUGGCAUUAAUGUCGAUCUUGCGAAUUCAGAUGCCACCUCGGUGACGCUAAAGGGCGUCAAUCGCGAACUAACCGGCAACUACCAGUGCGAAGUGUCCGAAGAUGCUCCACUCUUCCACACCGACAUACGCGCCGCACACAUGCAGGUCAUCGAACUGCCCAAUGAUGAGCCGGCCAUGCAGGUGGACAAGAAGGUCAUCACAGCGAAUGACAACUUCAAGGCCGUUUGCACAGUGGGACCGUCCUAUCCGCCAGCUAAUAUAACAUGGUACAUGAAUGGCCGCAAGAUCUACAAGACCCCCUUCCAGCGCAUUAAUCAUGUUGCCUUUGAAGGCUCUUCCACGUACUCUUCCCUCGAGAUCUAUCCACACAGUCAGGUGCUACAGGGAUUUUUCCAAACGGUGCCCAAAUACCAAACGACGAGCAUUCUGCUGCUUUGCGAAGUCUCCAUACUGCAUGUCUUCCACAAGAACGUGCAACAACGCCUGCUGCUGAGCAUAGCGCCGCCCACCACCAUCUCGCCCAACCUGCUGGGCCUGGAGGGCUCGAAGCGCAUCAACGGCGAUCCAGACAAUUCGGCGCUCACUGGCGGCGGGGGUAGCAGUGGCAGCAGCUGCAGCAGCAAGAAGCGGAUAGGCGUAACCGCGGUCAUUGGCUUGGCAUUCGCUUUGCUGGCGGUGGGCGUAUGCCACGGCGGCAUGAUGGGCGAUCUCACAGGCCAUGGAAUCCAGCUAAUAAUAUUAGCUGCUGGCAUGCGUCCAGCGGUGGCGGGGAGUUUGUUGGUGAGUCAGACAGCGUUCGCUGCGUGGGAAAAGGCAUCGAUGGAGGUGGAGGUGGCAGCAGCAGCAGCAUCAGCAGCCGCAGCUGGACGGCAAACAAGGCGCCAGCUGUGACCUCGUAGCGGCACAUAAAUUAGUGACAACCUCAGUGAUGGCAAACAAAAAAGCAACGACUGCUAAGCAAAUAACAGCCGGCGCAGCAGCCAGAAAAACUGCAGCUACGAGGGGAUGAUGAACAUACCAAUACGGCAUGCAAACUAUACCAGUAGAAAAGCAUUAAAUUACAGCAACAAAAAAACCGCAACAAAACCAAAUAAACUACAAAAUAGUAAAGGUUGGUUUUGCACAUAAAAUGAAAUUUGUGAAAAGAAGAAAUAAAUUAAAUUGAAUAUCUAUAAUAUGAACUAAAAAUUGCAACACAAAAAAAAAUCAAAAACUGAUAAACGAAUUACUUGAAUAAUGUAAAAAUAAUAAUAAUUAAAUUAAUUGAAAUAUUGGAUGGCAACAAUAAAGGCAAGCCGCUACAAAAACAAAUACUGUAAUGACAUGCAUUAUGUAUAAACAAAAACAGAAAA